CUUGCUGGUGCACAAUUUUUCUUUAUAUGCAUGUAUGACAGGUUUUGGAGGGAGAUCAAUGUUGUGUUGCAUAUUCUACCAAACAUGGAGCUCUAAGAAAUCUAGGGAAGCCAUAACGAUUUGAUUAUCCGCAGAAGGCUGUGUUGAUUUGAUCAUUGUUAAUUCGGACAUGGAAGAGUCACAUGCUAAAAAUCUCAAAAAUAAGCUGAAAGGGAUAUCUCCCGUAUCCUCCGAGUGUUGUAUCUACAGGAUUCCAAAGCGACUACGUGACGUGAACGAGAAGGCUUACACACCUCAGGUGGUCUCACUAGGUCCGCUUCACCACGGAGGAGAAGGCCUAGGAGCCAUGGAAGAUCAUAAAAUGCGGUAUGUGAAGGACUUCUUUGAAAGAACCAAUGUAAACCUGGAGGAUUGUUUCAAAUCUUUGAAGGAAUGGGAAGCAAGAAUCCGUUCUUGUUAUGCAGUAAACAUUGAAUAUAGUGAAGAGGAGCUGGUGGAAAUGAUUCUGGUUGAUGGAAUUUUUACAGUUGAGGUCCUGCUGAGGAGUGCCUUCCCGACACUGCAACAGGAAAAUGACCGGAUAUUUGGGAAACCAUGGAUGGACAGGGAUGUAGUAUAUGACAUGUUGAUGCUUGAAAAUCAGCUCCCAUUCUUUAUCCUCGAGUAUUUCUAUUCCUUAGCCCAUGCCAGCAAUACUAUUCCUCUCGAAAAUGAUAUGGGGCUUUCACUCAUCAAGCUCACCCAUAGCUUCUUCGAGGAAAAGGUAUAUAUAAGGCCACUGCAAGAGGUUUCAAACAAACUCUCGCAGUAUUCAGGAGCCAGAAUACAACAUUUUGUUGACUAUAUCCUGAAAUGUCAUCGGCCUUCACCUUCUGAGCUUCCAUCCAAAAGAAAGCUCGACACUUUGAGUAUACCAAGUGCGACGCAGUUGAAGGCAGCUGGAGUCAAGUUUAUGGUGGUUCACGACACAACCCUAUUUGACAUUCAAUUUGAGAAUGGUAUUCUGAAAAUUCCACAGUUGCGAAUACGUGGUUCGACAGAAGUUUUCUUCCGGAACCUUAUUGCCUAUGAGCAGUUUGAGCUCCAUGAUCAUUACAUAAGUGAUUAUGUAUUCAUCAUCGACCACCUGCUUGAUAGUUCCAGAGAUGUGGAAUUACUUGCUAGGAAAGGAAUCCUUGAGUCUAAGCUAUCAGAUAGCAAAGCAGUGACGAAUUUUAUUAGCACCCUUGACUUGGGGCCGAUUUUAUUCGGGACAAAUUUCUAUUUCACCGAGCUUUGUGAAAAGCUGAAUGAAUACUACGGCGUCCCCUGGCACAACUGGAAGGCAAGUUUGCAACAAGAUUAUCUCAGUAGUCCGUGGGCCAUCCUAGCUAUCACGAUUGCGACCAUUCUACUAGUACUCACUCUCGCUCAAGCAGGGCUCUCCCUUGCGAAUAUUACAGAAAAUUGAUGGCAACAUUUCAUCAGAUUAAUGUACUUUUUUAUAUAUACGUGUUGUUGGUGUCUGCCCCUCCUGUAAGUGUAUGUUUAAGGAUAAAGAAGAUUGAUUAUCUAGUGUAUUUUAAUUAUAGGUAAUACAUAAAUAAAGUGGAGAUGCUGGGUGCAA